AUGGUUAUCAUCGGCAUGGAUAGCAACGUGGGGUUGAGGGGCCGUAAUCAAGGAUUGCCCAAUAGAGCUUCCUCUUCAGAAAUAGCGGACGAAAAUAACCCGAAUGCAGUCUCGAGGCACUUGCGCUUCCACAUUGACCAAUCUAUCAAAAUCGUUGAAUCUCGCAAGCCAAUCGGCAUGACUGACGUUGUGCAAGUGUCAAAACUCCUUUUUUCUACAACCUCAGCGUUUGGAGCUGGUGGGCUCCACAAAAAAUAA